GGUGGAACGACAGGGCUAGCUCCGUUCGCAUCUGGUAGCUGGAGAAGAAGAAAACACGGCAUUCUGACCUGCUUCACUCACUGGAUAACAAAAUAAGCGGCAUAUCCAGAUCAGGAAUAUUACACCUUUGAUGUCUGGAGAAUUAUCGAGAGGGAUUUCAGAAAGACACAAAUCCCUGACUGUGGGGACGAUGAGGGGACCCAGACCAGUCUAACCUGUGGUGGACCAACCAGAGGCUUCAGGAGAGGAAGGCUUUAACGCCAUGAACAUACCCUGCUGUCCACGUGACACCAGACAGCUCUGACACACUCCUCCUCAGCGCUCUCUCUUCCUCCCCUUCUCUCCCCCCCUUUCCCAAAAACGAUAUCUAUAAAACACGCCCACAGAGACUGACAUACGUUUCCUAAAAAGCUACAUCUGGAUUCCAGGGGAUUUCUGUUUGGAAUAAGGAGUUGAGUUGGGGAACGGAACGCUGUGAUAAAAUUAUCGUAAUUCCCCCUAACCGUCCGCUGGUCUCGUUUUUCCCAGUGAGUCCCAGAGGUACCAACCAAUGGAGAGACGGAGAAGAGAGUCAGGAUAAAGCAGCCAAGAAGUAAAGCAAAAAAAAGAAAGUGCUGAGUUGGGCAGGGUUGGAAUCUGGAAUUGGGUCCUGUGAGGGUUUUGCUUCUCUUACGUAUCCCCCAGCCUAGAGGAGGAGUCUGCCGAGAAGGAAUCAGACAUAACAAUUAUUGUUUACACUUAACAAAAACGAAACUACAGCAGCUGCAGCUGUAGCUAGUCAAGGCCGAGCUACGUCACUGUGUGGAGGAUUUGAACCAAUAGCAGGGUUAUUAGGAUUGGGAUUGUAACCAUGACGAGUGGAUUGAGGUUUUCCGCUUUGCUCAUGGGGCCCUUGGUGUUCCUCAGUCUGCUGGUGACGGCCCGGGCGCUGGAGUUCGGCGGGGCCCCCGGCCAGUGGGCCCGCUACGGGCGCUGGGAGGCGGGCUCGCUGGGCGAGCUGAGCUUCAGCCUCAAGACCAACAUCAGCAAGGCUCUGUUGCUCUAUCUAGACGACGGAGGCAACUGUGACUUCAUGGAGCUCCUGAUCGCUGGAGGGCGCCUCCAGCUGCGCUUUGCCAUCCACUGUGCCGAGCCCGCCACUUUACACAUGGAAACCCAGGUCAACGACGACCGCUGGCACAUGGUGCUCCUCACCCGCAACUUCCGCGAGACUCUGCUGAUGGUGGACGGCGAGACCAAGAUGGCGGAGGUCAAGUCCAAGCGGAAGGAGAUGGCGGUGGUCAGCGACCUGUUCGUGGGCGGCAUCCCGCCCGACGUGCGCCUCUCAGCCCUCACCUCCAGCACGGUGAAGUACGAGCCCCCGUUCCUGGGCCUGAUCUCCAACCUGAAGGUGGGAGAGACACCCCCCACCCUGCUCAACAGCCAGGGCAUCCAGAGUCACAUGGAGUACCUGUGCACCAAGCAGAACCCCUGCCUCAACGGAGGUUUCUGCUCCAUCCAGUAUGGCGAGGUACACUGUGACUGCACGCACACUCGCUACAAGGGGAAGUACUGCAAGGAAGCAGAAGAGUAUGCUGUUGAAGGUCUGGCGCACCUGACGUUAAACAACCAAGGGGACUCAUCGCAGGCCGGGAAGGAAGUGUCGGUGGCCACAUUCAAGGGGAACGAGUUCUUCUGCUAUGACCUGUCGCUGACGCCCAUCCAGAGCAGCACGGACGAGAUCACGCUUUCCUUUCGCACGCUGCAGCGCAACGGCCUCAUGCUGCACACGGGCAAGUCGGCCGACUACGUCAACCUGUCGCUGAAGAGCGGCGCCGUCUGGUUGGUCAUCAACCUGGGCUCGGGGGCCUUCGAGGCGCUGGUGGAGCCCGUCAAUGGGAAGUUCAAUGACAACGCCUGGCACGAUGUUCGCGUCACCCGCAACCUGCGCCAGGUGACCAUAUCAGUGGAUGGUAUUUUGACCACUACUGGUUAUACCCAGGAGGACUAUACCAUGUUGGGAUCAGAUGACUUCUUCUACAUUGGGGGGAGUCCCAAUACUGCAGAUCUGCCCGGAUCACCCGUCAGCAACAACUUCAUGGGCUGCCUUAAAGACGUGGUAUACAAGAAUAACGACUUCAAGCUAGAACUCUCCCGGCUGGCCAUCGAGCGGGACCCUAAAAUCAGCCUGAACGGAGAUCUUGUUUUCCGCUGUGAGGACGUGGCCGCCCUGGACCCCGUCACCUUUGAGUCCCCAGAGUCCUUCAUCGCCCUGCCCAAGUGGAACACCAAGAAAACAGGCUCCAUCUCCUUCGACUUCCGCACCACAGAACCCAGCGGCCUGCUCCUGUUUAGCCACGGGCGCACCCAGGGUCCUAAAGAGCAGAAACCAGGUCGUGACAUGAAGUCAGACUACUUCGCCAUGGAGCUGUUGGAUGGGUUUCUCUACCUGCUCAUGGACAUGGGAUCUGGGAGUAUCAAGCUGAAGACCAGUAAUAAGAAGGUGAACGACGGGGAGUGGUGCCAUGUGGACUUCCAGAGGGAAGGGAGGAAAGGCUCCAUCUCAGUGAACAGCCGCAGUAUCCCCUUCAACUCCAACGAGGGCAGUGAGAUCCUGGACCUGGACAGCGACAUGUUCCUGGGGGGUCUCCCCGAGACCCGCUCUGACCUGGUGCUGCCCCCCGAGGUCUGGACCGCCCUGCUUAAUUACGGCUACGUGGGCUGCGUCCGGGACCUCUUCAUCGACGGCAAGAGCCGCGACGUGCGCCGCCUGGCAGAGAUCCAGAGCUCCCCGGGCGUCAGCAGCUUCUGCACCCGCGAGCUUCAGAAGAGGUGUAGCAGCACCCCCUGUGGGAAUGGAGGCCUGUGUAAAGAGGGAUGGAACCGCUACAUCUGCGACUGCACCGGCACCGGCUACCUGGGCAGCAACUGUGAAAUCGAGGCGACGGUGCUGAGCUACGACAGCAGCAUGUACCUGAAGAUCCUCAUCCCUGGCACCAUGCACACCGAGGCAGAGGACGUGGCGCUGCGGUUCAUGUCCCAAAGGGCCUACGGCCUCCUCAUGGCCACCACCUCCAAAGAGUCCGCCGACACCCUGCGGCUAGAGCUGGACGGUGGCAGGGUCAAGCUGACCGUCAACCUAGAUUGUAUCAGGAUAGACUGUAACCUCAGUAAAGGUCCCGAGACGGUCUUCGCCGGCCAAAAGCUCAACGACAACGAGUGGCACACGGUGAAAGUGGUACGCAGAGGAAAGAACCUCCAACUCUCUGUGGACAAUGUGACGGUAGAAGGCCAAAUGACAGGCGCCCACACCCGUCUGGAGUUCCACAACAUUGAGACAGGCAUCAUGACAGAGCGCCGCUUCAUCUCCGUGGUGCCCUCCAACUUCAUCGGUCACCUCCAGGGCCUGACGGUCAACGGCGUGCCCUACCUGGACCAGUGCAAGAACGGCGACAUCUCCUACUGUGAACUCAACGCUCGCUUCGGCAUGCGCCACAUCAUCGCCGAUCCGGUGACGUUUCGAACGAAAGCGAGCUACCUGGCGUUGGCUACUUUGCAGGCCUACGCCUCCAUGCACCUCUUCUUCCAGUUUAAGACCACCACGUCGGACGGCCUGUUGCUCUUCAACUCGGGGGACGGCAGCGACUUCAUCGUCGUGGAGCUGGUCAAAGGUUACGUCCAUUACGUCUUUGACCUGGGCAACGGACCGUCACUGAUGAAGGGCAACUCGGACAAGCCUCUCAAUGACAACCAGUGGCACAACGUGGUGGUCUCCCGGGACGCCAACAACGUGCACACGCUCAAGAUCGACUCCCGCACCGUCACCCAGCACUCCAAUGGAGCCCGCAACCUGGACCUCAAAGGGGAGCUGUACAUCGGUGGCGUAGGGAAGAGCAUGUACAACAGUCUGCCCAAGCUGAUCGCGUCCCGGGACGGGUACCAGGGCUGCCUGGCCUCAGUGGACCUCAACGGGAAACUACCAGACCUGAUCGCAGACGCCCUCCACAGGAUGGGCCAGGUGGAGCGAGGCUGCGACGGACCUAGCACCACCUGUACGGAGGACUCCUGCUACAAUCAGGGGGUGUGUCUCCAGCAGUGGGAGGGCUUCUCCUGCGACUGCACCAUGACGUCCUAUGGAGGCUCCUUCUGUAGCGACCCUGGGACAACCUACAUCUUCGGGAGAGGAGGAGCCCUCAUCACGUACACCUGGCCCCCCAACGACCGGCCGAGCACGCGGGCAGACCGGCUGGCGGUGGGCUUCAGCACGCAGCUCAAGGAGGCCGUGCUGCUCAGGGUGGAGAGUGCCAAGGGACUGGGAGACUACCUGGAGCUGCACAUAUGUGAUAUGUCAGCGUGCCAGAGUGUCUCGGUGUCAGAGAGUGUCAGUGUGUCUCGGUGUCUCAGUGUGUCUCUCAGCCUAUUUGAGGGAGAGCGAUCAGAGAGCCAGAGCAAUGUUAACCUGCUGCCCUCUGUCUUUUCCAAAUUCUCUAAAGGGAACUUUGAUAAUGAACGCCUGGCUAUUGCUAGACAAAGAAUCCCAUACCGGCUUGGUCGGGUAGUUGACGAGUGGCUACUCGACAAAGGUCGACAGUUGACCAUCUUCAACAGCCAGGCGUUCAUCAAGAUCGGUGGUGGUGGCGGCGACAAGGCCCGUCACUUCCAGGGCCAGAUCUCGGGCCUCUACUACAACGGGCUGCAGGUGCUCAAGCUGGCGGCCGAAGGCGACCCCAACGUGCAGGCCCAGGGCAACCUGCGGCUGGUGGGCGACGUGCCCUCGGUGCUCACCACAGACACCACUAACACCACGCCGCUGGCCGACAUGUCCACCACCAUCAUGGAGACAACCACCACGAUGGCUACCACCACCACCCGCAAGCAGCGCUCCCCCACCAUGAGAGACAGUGUCACACAGAACACGGAUGACAUAUUGGUAGCGUCUGCUGAGUGUCCCAGCGAUGACGAGGACUUGGAGGAGUGUGAGCCUGGAAAUGGAGGUGAAUUAGUGUUGCCCAUUAUAACUGUGGACUCCCUAGAACCCCCCUACGCCACCCGCUACCCCGUAAUCCCCCCGCCCCCCACCUACCGCCCCUUCCUCGAAACCACCAAAGAAUCCCUCCCCUUGCCCAACGGCCGCCCCCCCUGCCCACUGGAUCAGGAGGACUGCGAGGAGGCGGGACCCAUCGAGGUGUCCGCCUACGGCUCGGGCGAGAUGACCGAGUCGGACGAUGAGGACUAUUACAAAAACUCCCCCCUCGUCACCGAUAGGACGGUCCUCCCCCCUCCCCCCAACGAGGGCAGCGUCCAGAACCCCCGCGACCGCCACUUCUCCAACCGGCCCCCUAACUCCCACCGCCCCCCCUUGUCGUCCACCCCCACGGCCAACCCUGACCAGCUAGGCCCCAGGCUCAACAAGCCAGGCGGCAGCAGCAGCAACAUUCCUGCCGGCAAGAUGAACACCCGGGAUCAGGUGCUGCUGCCGCCCACCCACCCCUCCUCCGACCCUGACCGCCACCGCCAUGCCCCAGGCGUAACCUACCCUCCCAAUUUCCCCCAUGUGCCCACCCCAGACCCCACAUCCCCGGAGAGAGGAGGGCCUCCCGGCGCGGUAGAGGUGAUCAGGGAGUCCACCAGCACCACGGGCAUGGUGGUGGGCAUCGUGGCGGCCGCCGCCCUCUGCAUCCUCAUCCUGCUCUACGCCAUGUACAAGUACCGUAACCGGGACGAGGGCUCCUACCAGGUGGACCAGAGCCGUAACUACAUCAGUAACUCGGCCACGCAGAGCAACGGCACCCUGGUGAAGGAGAAGCAGCCAGGCACAGCCAAGACAACCAUCAAGAACAAGAAGAACAAAGACAAGGAGUACUAUGUCUGAGACUGGCCUAGCCAGAGACAGAGGACGAAAGGAGACGCACAGAGAGAGGGAGGGACGGAGAGGAGGAGAGAGGGAAGAGUUGAAGGUAUAGGUAGGAGAGAGGGAGGGACGGAGAGGAGGAGAGAGGGAAGAGUUGAAGGUAUAGGUAGGAGAGAGGCAAUAGAUGAACUGACAACUGUAGAGUAAUGAGUCAUAUCUUUGUUGGCAGAGUUUGAUUUAGUUUAGUAUAGAGGUAACCUUACUGACAAAAUGACCUCCUAGCUUUCCUUCUCAACCCAUUUAGAGUCUACAGCAGAGAGAGAGAAGAUGAGAAUGGCAAAGAAACAUAUUUCAUUAGAUCUACACAUACUCAUUUUUAACCACAGUUAUUACAAAAAACGUGUGGUAUUUUUCUCCAUUACAGUAAUAUUCUUUUCUCACAUGGCCGUAUAAACUUUUUUUUAAUUUUUUUUUUUAAACACAGAGAGACAAAGUCUUGGCUACAACAAAUGGCUGCCAAACCUCGCUCAAUGCAACAUCAUUUUGUGCCAAUCGCCAGACCCAGAGCUCAUGCUACAAUGGAGCCAGCUAAUCCAGCAGCGUUUGAAAGGGUAUUGUAUUGUAUAUAGCCUACAAUCAGAGUUAAGCAUGGGGCUACAGAGAGACACAGAGAAGGAAGACCCACCAUCAGUGUUAGAGCAGAGGCCUAUUGUUUGCUAUCAGAUGCUAUGUAGCGGGUCUAAACAGUCAACAAGCUAACGGAGUCAAUCGUAAAUAUCUAAAUAGAUGGGUUUGUAUUGGAAGUUGAAACCCCACUGCUAGCCAAGUAUGAUAACACAAAAUGACUGCCAAUAUACAGAAACGAGGUGUCAAGUCUGCCUUCUUCCCUCCUCCAAGUAUUGAAACAUCACCUCGCUCCUCUCGUAAAGUCUCUCUUGUUCUCUCCCCCUCCCCUUCUCUUUCUCUCAAUGUCUGUGGUUCCCGAGGAGCUGAUGACACAUUAUUCUGCUGUGUUUCAAGCAUGUAGUAUUCAUUUACAAAAAAGAGAUGACUAUUUCUGUGGAGAAAAAAAAAUGAUGAUGCUGAUUGAUAACGUUUAACUAGCGUGUGAGAACAACAAAAGCUCCAACCAACCAACGGAUGCUACUUGUUACGUUUUAGCUGCAAAACCAACUUCUGAGGCCAAAACCCUGGGUCGUCUUUCAGUUUUCCAACAGAUAGGCUAUCCGUCAUGUGUUUUCUUCUGGGCUCCACGCAGCAUUUCCCCCUACUGAGCCCACUAAUGCGGAGGAACCAGCUCACGUCGUUACUAUCAAACACAGACCAGAAACCAACCUCCAGCAGACAAACUGACUUUGUUCUAAAUAAAUAUAUAUAUGUAUAGAAGUUUCAGAGAAAAAAAAAACUAUGGACCUAACUGAGAGCAUAAGAGGAGAAAUUCACCCGAAUGCGUGUGUAUCAGUGGACUGGGUGAUAAAUAACAAAUUUGAUGGACUAUUGAUACUUUGACGUGAGACCGAUCCCCCCCUCCCCCCCCUCCCCCCACACACCCACCAAUCAUACACACUAUGACCAACUUUCAACGACAGUGGGAAACGCAGGUUUCUUUCCCUCAAAAAUGCGAGACAUUUGAUGGAAAUUGUGAAUUAAUUUGCUGGAGUCCCACUUUCGCCCCCUAGUGUUGGGGGGAAAGCGUACGUUACCUUGGAUCUGCGUUCUUGCCUCUCAUUGGUCAAGACUGAUAACAGCCAAUGAGGGCAAGUCUAGUGAAAAACAUUCAAUGAAAAAAAUAAUUACAGAACAAGGCAAACAGCAGUUCCCUUGCAGAUGGACAAGAACUCUAGUAUUCCAAUUUUCUCAACUAUUAAAAAAGAAAACUGUACCAUGAAAAGAAAAGAAAAACCUCCAAAAAAAGUUUGUGCAAUGUCUAAAUAUUUGAAUCUCUCAUCCCAUUACUAAGAAAAUAUGUGUUUUCCCUUCCUGUUUAGAGAAAAAAGUAUGACAAAGAUAAUUGAUUCUGGGAAAUUGGAAAUUGAUAUAUAAUUGGUAAUUGAGCAACUGUGAUUUGGGUUUCAAACAUAAAACCAUGUUUUCUCCUUGUCAGUACGGAGAAAAGAUACUUUCCUCUCCAUCCCUCCUGCUGCCACCUCACUCCGUUCUUUUCCUAAAUCAAUCCCCCCAUCCUUCAUCCCCCUUUAUUCACGAUGGCAGAGUGUAUGUAACCAUUCAUUAACUUAAGACCGAACAGGGUCUUAUCUAUUUUCUAUUGUUUUAUAUCUAUCUCUGUAACUGCUAGAGUCAAAACGGCUGCCAAGUCUGGAGACUGGCUCCAUCCCAUCCUUCUUCCUCAUCCAGUUUGUCCGGUUUAUGUUCCUCUCCGUCCUCCUCCUCCCAGUAUCUACCUGUUCUUUCUAAAUGUUAUUGUAAAGUGUUCCAGUGAGAUGACUCUAAAUAUGUGUACAUUAACAGAGGGGAAUACACUUGGUUAUAUACUUCUUA